AUGCCGAGCGGCGGCAACGCGGGUCCAAGUCGGUCUACUAGCCGUGGCGCUGUCUUGACAGGCAAGUUCUCUCUCUCCAACCUCUCACUCAAGAGCAUCGAUGCUAGAUCAGGUGCUCGAACACCGAAGAGUGCCCAUCGCCAAUACGCCAGCAAUCCAGGCCCAAGAUCUAGCAAUGUUCGCACCUCCAAUCUCUCUUCAGCCUCUGUGGCCAAGACAACGGACGGCAACAAUAUCGCACAACUCUAUGCCGUCUUCGGUCUACCCAAAGAUCCUGCCGUCUGGACGUUAGCCGAACAAGACUGCACCAAUGGCGUCCAUCACAUCGAAAGCGCUGUAGGUCGUUUCUGGCGUCCCGAGGUGCUCGGCUGCUCCAUCUGCCCACCUCUCAGCCCUGCCGAAGAAAGCUUAAAGUCUCCUCUUUCGCCUGGCAGCCUCUCGGAUAAGAAGGAGGCUAAGCGUUUGACGUGGGGGUCUGACAAGAAAGGCGGUUCUAAUCCCAAGUUUAUCGAGAUGGCCGAUGGUCGCGGCGGCAUCGAACGAGCAGAGACUGCACGUGUCCUCUCAAAAGCCCUCAAGCUCUCCUUCACCCGCGAGAUCGAAAUCUCUUCUGGCCCCAUCAACUUCCCUCCCAGCUCCACUUCGCACACCUUCUCCUUCAGCGUUCCAACCGUCAAGUCGUCUGCAUCAGGCGGAGCAGCCCGCCCAUCUACCGAUGCUCGCAAGGCUAGCCAGCCCUUCUCGGUCAGCGCUGCCAAUGUUCACAAUACUCGCUCCUUCUCAGCUGUCGGCGAAGGCUUUGGUCUCGAAGGCGUCUCCUCUCGUCUUCCUGCAGGUGCUGGAGGUGCAGGUGAAGAUACCCCCGGCGUGGCUACAUUCUACGGCUCCGUUCUGACCGUUUGGAGUGCCGCCGACGAGAAGCGUGCCAAGGCGAUUCGCAAAGAGCUUAGCCGACUUGCCAAGACGCGUGCCAACCGUCGUUCUGCUUCCAACAAAAACGUCAGUAACGAGGGCGAAGAUAUCGAGGAAGAGUUUGAAGGCACAAGUGCCUUGGGACACUCACUUCUUCCCGACAACAACGCCUUCUUCAUGCCCUACGCCAUCUGCAUCGUCUCCCGAUACCCCAUCUACAACCUCCUUGGAGACUGGAACAAGGUCGCUUGGUUCAAGUACAGCCGCAACAUCGAGAUGCACAACAAGCUCAUGGCUGCCAUCCUUCGUCACCCAGCGCCCCGCAUUGGCGAAACCUUCAAGCUGCAGUCUCCCGACGAGGAUCUCUCCUUCAUCUGCACUUUCCCCGGUGCUCUCGACUGGGGUCGUGGCUUGCUUGGAAUCGACUUCUCCAUGUGGCCUCUCUUCAAGACGCUUUCCAUUGACAACGUUCUUACCAUCUGCGAGAUUGCACUUGCACCCGCAGGUCGUGUUCUCUUCAUGUCCCGUCAUCCUGCUUUGAUGGGCAUGGCCGUCGAAACCAUCAAGUACCUUGUCGAGCUCUGCGGAUGGAAAGGUGUUGCGCAUCAAAACUGCCACGCAAGAGACGUUCGUAUUUACCUCGAAGAUCCUGGAUCUUGGCUCAUUGCUAUCAACACAGAGUUGCGUAGCAUCAUCAAGCCCGCAAAGCAAGUCUGCGUUGUCGAUCUUGACAUCAACUUUGUCAACUGCCCACGACCACCUAUCAAAGCUCCCAGCAAGGGAGCUGCACGUGACAGGAAGCGGAGAAAACUCAUCGCCGCCCUUGGCUUCUCGUCCGCAGACUACAUCAUCCCACGCGAGUACGUCGAGGCCUUCCCAAGUGGUCGCUUUCGUCCUCUCAGCAAGCUCGAAUCUUGCUCACGUGAUGCCCCUUACGAACGCCUCGAGAGUCCACAGUGGUGGGACCAGGGCGCGCUCGUCAGCGCUUUCGACCAGGUCUUGCAUGAAGGCACCAAGCCAAGCUUCCUCAAGAAAGUUCUUUGCAUGCCAACCGAGAAGCAGGCUGUGGCCUCUGAGACCGAGCUUGCUGCUGUUCUCGCCCUCCGUAAGAGGGCCAGCACUUUCGUCGACGCCCGUGAUGGUCUCGAGAACAAGAUCGGCAGGCUCAACAAGCGUCUUGCUUUCCUCAUGAGCGAAGGUGAGAUGUGGCGACAGCAGUUCGACAAGAUCCAGCAGCUCGUCGACCGACUCACACGCGAGGCCGGUGAGCUUCGUUCCAAACUCGACAAGGAGCGCAGGGAAUCUAGGAGGCUCAGCUCUACACUCCAGCAGCGUGACAUGGAAUACGUUCAGGCACAGAUCCAGCUUCGCGAAACCGAGACCGCACGUGAAAAGGCUCAGGGCGAGCUCCUCCGUAUGCGCACUGCCAUGGAGAACCUCGAAUCGGAACGUGAAGCCAUGAUGGACGAGAUUCGCAACGCUCUUACCAGCUCGGGUGCCAACGAGUUCGGUACGGACUCGCUAAACAACCUGCAAACCAUGACGCAGAACUUCGGUCGAGGCGAUGGAGCCUUCUCGCCAGCUGCGAGCGACAUGAGCCACAACACCGAAAUGCACAUCAUGAAGUCGCGAGCUCUUGCGGAGCAACGCAUAUCCAUGGGCCAACCCCGCACCAACAGCCAACUCAAGAAGGAUUCCGUAGCGCCGUCUGAGGAUGCUCAUACCAACGGCGCUAGCGGUGCUGCCAACGCAUCGCAGCACAACCACUUUCCAGACGAGCAGAUGAACAACGAGAUUCAAAAGCAAACCACCGCAGUGACAGACCAGAUCGCAAAGAUCCAGCAGCAGCUCGAGUCCACCUUGACACAGCUAGAGGGACGUCGAUCUGCCGCCUUUGAACGUGGUUGUCGACUAUCCUCUUCCUCGAUUGGCAGUCACGCCCACGGCGCUGCCCCAAGCAUCAGUCAUCACAAUGCAGUUGCCUCGAGCGUCGGUCAUGGAUACGCUCUGGACGUCAACGGACGUGCCUCGGAAGAUGUCGAGACCAUAAACGCCGACCGCUCCGGUUCAUUGCCACUGCGUCAGCGAGCGGCUUCAUCCUCGAACGACGCGACUUGCUCGCGACCGAACUACCUCUCACCCCGGGCAGCAGCAGCUCCCAUGUUGACACCCAAGAGCCCUGCACGUGCUCAGCGUGACUCGCUCGUCUCUUCCGCUCACAACGCCGCCGAAGGUAGCUCGACUGAGGCGGGUGGACACGCAACCUCGUCUCCGCUGCCGGAAGCAAAUGGUAUCAAGGCUGCAAAUGGAGCUUUGGCUGUUGCCGGUGCUGGUGCGGCCGCAGCUAUCGCUGGAGUUGCCGUGUCACCCGCCGCCUCGGGCUCGAAAGGAGCUGCAGAAGAGCGAAACGGUGAAGACACUAGUGAAAGCAGGGCGUCAGAUGAUCGCCGCAACGCAGCGCUGCCUGACGUUCCAAGCGACCACAACUCGGAAGACGUCGACUUGUCGAAGAAGCUCGACGAGCUCGAGCAAGAGACUGGCGCUCAGGCUGGUGAAGGUGAUGGCCAGGACAGCGACGGCGUCCUCAACAUGUUUGAGGAGCCAGAGGACUUCCGACCGAAGACACCACCUCCUACCGUUACUCAUUAUGAGUUCCCCGGCACCUCGUCCAAGGUGACACUCAACCUUGUCGGCAACCACCCGCUGUGGGGCCAUCUCGCAUGGAAUGCAAGUUUUAUCCUUUCCGACUUCCUCUGCGCUCACGCACUCACCUUAACUAAGGGCAAGCGUGUUCUCGAGCUCGGUGCAGCUGCUGGCUUGCCAAGCAUCGUUUGCAACUGGGCCUCAGCGUCGCACAUCGUUGCAACCGACUACCCAGACAAAGACCUCAUCGACAACCUUAGAAAGAAUGUAACCCUCAACUGCCAAGACGAGUCCUCACCAAUGCGAGGUUCAGGCAAGACCUUGGUCGAGGGCUACAUCUGGGGUCGUGACCCCUCCUCUCUGCUCUCUAAGCUCACCGACGAGCAAGGCAACCCGGGCAAGUUCGACUUGAUCCUUCUCUCGGAUCUUGUAUUCAACCAUCAAGCUCACCCUGCAUUACUCGAGACCUGCGAAGCAUGCAUUGCAGAUGCGACAAUGGACGAGAUGGAAGGUCAAAUGACCACACCAUGCGUCCUCGUCUUCUUCACCCACCAUCGUCCUCACCUUGCAUACAAAGACAUGCAAUUCUUCGACUUGGCAGAGGUCAAAGGGUGGAAGUCUGAAAAGUUAGGAGAAUGGUUCAAGGAGCCUAUGUUCCCAGAGGAUCCGGGUGAUGAGGUUGUCAGAUCGACGAUUCACGGAUUUAGGUUGUGGAGAGCCCCUGCGUGA